AUGACCUCAAUGACUGAGUCGCCUCCGAUAUUGCGCUCCACGCUCAUGGUCGAGCCCAUGUUGGAGUCCGUGCGCCACGACCACCUCAUCACAGCCCAUCUCUCGCGUGUUCACGCGACCGGCAGCCGUUCAAGGGUCCUCGACGUUGGGAUCGGCACCGGCACGUGGGCCACUCUGCUUGCACGUCAUCAUCCCUACGCCGAUGUCGUGGGUGUCGACAUAUCGUGGGCAGCCUUCCAGCCCCCGGUCGAGCUGCCUCAUGGCAAUGUCGACUUUUAUACUGUUGAUAUGAUCCACGUCAAGUCGAUGGUGAUGGACAUCCCUCACUAUCCGCAACUAGUUCAUCGCCUUUCCCGCAUCCUCCGUCCUGGAGGACUACUCAUCCUGGUCGAGAGCGAGCUGUCCUACGUGUCAGCCAAUGGCCCUCCUUCCGACAGCGUCGUCGUCUGGUCGGAAGCGCUGCGGCGGGCUCUCGCAGCCAAAAAUACUGAUGCCGAUAUCAUUUCUCACCUGGACGGGGCUAUCGCUGCCACCGGCAUGUUCUGCCCUCAAUUUUUCUUCCAGGAGAUCGGCUGCCCAGUUGGCGGAUACAUGACGGGUGGCUCCAAAGCGCUCCAGAAAGCCGGGGCGAUCCAGGCAACAGUGAUUCGUGCAUCCCUGUGGCGCAUCAUCUCGUCCCGUCUUGACGACGGCCCGGAGCGCAGACAGCUGGAGGCUACGCUCGACGCAUGCGCUGCCGAGCUCUGCUCACCUACUUCGCGUUACCUGCAGCGCCUCUUCGCUGUGUAUGCCUACAAGCGCUUCCCGCCUCGCGAAACACCAUUUUCAUGA